CGGCUGGAUCACGUUAUAAAGCACGUACCUGUUCUGUUUAUUAUCCCGUUUCUCGUUUUCACCUACGCCGAUAAUGAUACAGUCGAGGAAUUCCACGUUCCUGUGACUGAUACACCCGGUGUUUACGAGCCGUGAGAAUUAUCGACUGUGAGUUAUCCCCUUUCACUCUCACCCGUCGCUCAUCAUCGUUUACUCGUUCACUUCACUCGUUUCUCGCGGAUGCUUUUGCACGAACAUCCUCAAACGACCUAAAUCAUCGAGAGAUCAAUCGUAAUCAUCACGAACUGACGAUUAAAACGAUUUGGAAUAUCGAUGUGUUAUUUGUGUCGUGUAAUACCCAGACGAUCCAUCGAUUUGAAACAUCGGAAACUUGACGCGAUUCUCGCGUUAUCUCGUCGAGAGUCGGGAGAAGGCGCGAGAUCAGCUGUUGUCAUACCAAACCACGUGUAACUUUUCGAACUCGCUCUUCCAUUUAGCGUUCUGAUCGCGCACGUGCGCGCUUGCGCGGCCGCGCCGUGCACAGGAGCGAGAAUCUGACCGACAAAGAAGAAAGCAAAGAGAAAGAAAAAAGAGUGAGAGAUCGUUCGUCGUAGGAUGGUCGCGGUCGUUGUGGCCGUCGAUCGUCGUUCGCGCGCCGCCGUGGGCAUUUGAAAAGAAAAAGAGAGAGAGUCACGGGAUCGAGGCGGGAUCCCCGGAGUAUACGACUGGAUUUGGUGAAUGAAACGACUAAAAACGAAGCGCUAUAGUGCUGAUCGUACGUGCGAUGCGUACCGUGGAGGAUACAGCCACGGAAGCAGCCGCAGUUAGUGCUGCGACCACCCAUCAGCGUGCUACCACUGGCAGGCAUCUAGUCGUCGAUCACAAUCACGAUCGCGAUCACGAUCAACCAGAUCGAUCGACGACGAUCCAUCUACCGACUACACCGUACCACCCGGUCACCAUUGCGGCGGAUACUAACAACAAUCAUGACCAUCAUCGGAACUACGAGCAUCAUGCGGCUCAACGCCACGAUCACUGGAACAAGUGGCAAUUGCAUUCGCCGAACGGCGACAGCGAUAACAGCAACGGUAGUCAGCGUGCGGUGGCUAUUACACGGAACGACGUAGAGCAACAGCAACAGCCACAUCGCCAGCGGCAUCAACGGCAGGCAACAACUACUGUUCCAGUUCUCGCCUGCACGAAUCAGUCUUCUACAACCACGACAACCACCGCGUUCACGGUAGCAUCAAGCAUGCUUCUCCUACAGACGCAGAGUCCUUUCGGAUGUAGCACUCUGGCGGAUUUAUUGAGUGCCUCGUACACGGAUCCAGCGGAUGCGGGAAGUCUACCGGAGGAGCUGGACCCAUUUCCAGAACUACAGCUGGGUAAUCCGCAAGGUGUACCCACGGCUGACGAGUCAGCCCAGGCACAACAAACGGUACAUCAUCAACAACCACCACAACCGCCUCCAUCAGCAGCUCCUCUUCCCGAGGACGUGCAACCAGACUCCCUUAGCAGUUCUACACCCCUGCCAAGUUUCCAAGAAACCUACACGGCUCAACGGUACACCAGACAGGAACUGCAGGUUCUCGGCAUCAAGAUGGACGAGGCAGAAUGUUACGAUAACUCGGUGUAUCCAUGCGCCACCGGACAUUAUCCCACCGAAUUUUCACCCACAUUGCCCUACCACGACCACAGGCAACAACAUCUUCAUCAUCACCAUCAACAACAACAGUCAACACUUCCUCCGCAACAACAACAUCAUCAUAAUCAUCAAGGUUAUUUCGCGACAGAAACGGCUCCGACACCGACCACGGCUGUUCCUCCCCCAUCGAAUCAUCGACAGGACUCGCCAUAUGGUGCAGCGGUCACUGUACCUAUGGUAUAUGGUCCAUCACCGACCAUAACUGGCGGUGCCACACCGGUUGCACCAACGGACAAUUACCCUACCGUCGACAACGUCGUCGUAGGAACGCCUCGUCCACGGAGGGCGUCUCUACCCACGCAGAGGUCAGAGUCUGCGAGUGGCAGUACAGAAUCCCCGAAAGCACGCGGUGGAAGCGGAGGCACUGGAAAUUCUGUGAGUUCUCCGUCACCUGGAAGCACAACCAGCAACGAACGAGCACCGCCGAGUCCCAGUCAAUUGUGCGCUGUUUGUGGCGACACGGCAGCGUGUCAACACUAUGGUGUGCGUACCUGUGAGGGCUGCAAAGGGUUCUUCAAGAGAACCGUGCAGAAAGGCUCAAAAUACGUGUGUCUAGCAGAGAAAGCUUGCCCCGUUGACAAACGCCGACGGAAUCGUUGCCAAUUUUGUCGCUUCCAGAAGUGCUUGAUGGUCGGUAUGGUGAAAGAGGUUGUAAGGACGGAUUCCUUGAGGGGUCGUCGAGGUAGACUACCAUCGAAGCCAAAAUCCCCACAAGAGUCGCCACCGAGUUCUCCAGUUUCCUUGAUUACAGCUCUGGUUCGUGCACAUUUGGACACGACACCCGAUCAAGCGACAUUAGACUAUUCGCAGUAUCGACAAUCGAGUCCUGGCGAUCCGCCUAUCACAGAGGCCGAAAAGACUCAGCAAUUUUACAAUCUUCUCACUACGUCCAUCGACGUGAUUCGAACUUUUGCCGAUAAGAUUCCUGGUUUCACGGAUUUAGUACGGGAAGAUCAGGAGCUACUUUUCCAGUCAGCCAGUCUGGAACUCUUUGUUCUUCGGUUGGCGUACCGUACAAAACCAGAAGACACCAAGCUGACAUUUUGCAACGGUGUGGUUCUGGCAUUGGAACAAUGUCAACGUAGCUUUGGCGAUUGGCUCCACAGUAUCCUCGAGUUCAGCAAAGCUCUUCAUAUUCUCGACGUAGACACUAGUGCUUUCGCUUGUCUGUGUGCUCUCACCCUCGUUACUGCAAGGUACGGCCUGAAGGAACCUCAUCGCAUGGAACAACUACAGUCGAAAAUAAUCUCGUCCCUUCGCGAUCAUGUCACCUAUAACGCCGAAGCGCAGAGGAAAGCGCACUAUCUGUCCCGUUUGUUAGGUAAACUACCGGAACUGAGGAGUCUGUCAGUGCAAGGGCUCCAGCGUAUCUUUUACCUGAAACUGGAGGAUCUGGUCCCGGCGCCACCAAUGAUCGAGACGAUGUUCGUCGGUAGUCUACCGUUCUAAUCGCCUUCUCGAGCCAAGCCUAAGGCUUUAUCUUCGCGUAGAACAAUUUACUCUUGAGAUCUUGUGCGGUUGCGUACCUACUCGAUUAAGUUUCCUUAGUUCUUAUACGUAUACGUAGGUUCUACUAUCUUCUUGCGUGUACCCUCACAUGGUUUUCACACGAGUGUCGACGCAUGAAUCGUCGUAUACCACGGCAGUCAGCUCGAUGAAUUCUGUCGAGACUGUUUGUCUCGAGGCUGACUCGUCGUUUAGAUGUUUUAGCGAAUAGAUGCGUGCAUGCGAUCGAGUAUCGUGCAAGUGUACAUUGGAGUGAAUGUACGCGCGAAUGGACGAGCCGGAAGACGUGGUUUGUCGCUAAAUUUAAGACAAAGUUCCCUGUGCGUGUAUGGAUGAGAGACGGGUGGAUGAGCGGGGCGCAUGUCUUCGUGAUGUGUCAGCGAGCAGACGCGAGUGCUCGACCUGACAACUGUUACUAUUGUUACUACUAUUAUUACUGCUAUUACUAUUUUAACACUGUACGAUGUAACAACUAUUCUUGCUAUCGAAAGUAUCGAGAACCAUGUAACAAAGGUGAACUCGGUUUCUUGGCGGAUUAUCGGGGCCCACGGAGAAAUGACAGUGAAACAAACGGUAGAUUUCCCCUUUCGUAAGAGGAUCUAACGUUUUACUAUGCGUUUAUAGCUGACGAAAAGAGCAGUGGCAUGCGGAAGAUUAAUCACGGAGUGUUUUAUCAAUUGAUAAUUCUAAAUGCUACGCUAUUUCUCGCAAACAUGCACAAAUGAAACGAAAAAAAAAAAGAAGAAAGAAAAGGUAUACAGUACUCGUUACACACAUCUUAUACGUACACAUACACAUGAAUUUUUAUCACUUUUCUACCUACUUUAUACAUGUAUAAGUCGCUACGUCAACGAACAAAGUCGCUACGUUUCUUUCAUUGCUCAUGCUGCAUCGAUUGCCCCCGACGAUCCGCCCAAUCGGGACGAAUAUCUCUUCUUUUGGUGAACAAAAAUGUACUUAUUACUCGUCGAGGAGAAAGAAGAGAGAACGCAUUGACGAUUCGCAACAUAUCAGAGCAACGACGGAAGAGCGGAGACAAGUAGAUUAUCACAGAUUAUGUUAGUAAUUAAUAUUCCUCCAUCUACCUUUUGUCCCACUUCUAAAUCAAUUUCGCUCUUCCGUGUUGAUAGUUUAGGUGUACGUAGAUCGUGACUGUGAUCACACUCGAACGUCGCGAUGAUGCUAAAAUGAAUUAUUGGUAGAAAAUCCUUGUUUCCUUGUUUCCUGAUUCCCUGUGCUCGUAUUCAUGCGAAACUCGUGUCCUUUGGCUUACUAGCUUCAUCGAUCCGAGGCUAAUCGGUGCUCUGUUAUCCCCUCCUGACCCUCGAUCGCAUGGAAUUUAGUAUCAUUGAAAACGUGUGAGUGUCUUCCAAGUCACGUGGUCGAGAUCCGCUCGGCUCAAAAUAAUUACCACUAUUCUUGCGUUAAUGUGAUUUUAGACAGCUAAGGGAGAAGAAGAAUGAAGUAGGACCCGAACGUAGCCGAUCGGCUGCACGAUCCAUCUGGACGAGCAUGAGAGGAACUGAAUAUAAGUGCGUAGCGUUAUUUCGAUCGCGACCGAUCAGCAAUGAACAGUGGCUUCGUUACGGGUCCGGCAUAAAGUUACCUAUUACGUUAUGACAUUUAUUUUUAAUCAAACUAACGUAGACAGUCCUAUUUAUACGUAUACCGCGCCGCUACUACUACUUAUACUAUUACUUGCUACUUAUUAAUUACUAUUACUUAACUACUACUUACCGCUAAUGUUACGAUUUUAUGGCGUUAUUGUCGCUGCUACCGCUGUUACCAUCCGCUACCUUCUUACCACCACCUUGUGUUACCAUAACUUGCUAAAUGCGUAAGAAACAUCGUCGACGUUAAGCACUCUUCGCCGCUGCAAUAUAUCACCAGGAUAGCAAAAACGUCUCCUUUGGAUGUAAAAGAAAUAAUCAACCCUAGACUGGAUUGCAUUGACGCACGAUCCAAAGAAACUGGAGGGGACCCAUGAUGAAUUUCAUGGAAGAUUAAAAUCGCUAUAUCAAGGAAUCGUUGAUGGUUAAGUUGGCGUAAUAUUUCCAGCAUGGCCCGUUGAAAAUGGCCAUCCUAAUUGUUCGGCAACAAUACUUUCCUCUUUUGUGUGUAUGUUACUUGUCAACGUAAAAGUACAACCCAGUAAACCGAUCCAACCGAUACAGCGUUUAAAUCGCAACAUUAAUCUUAGUACACCUAAUUUCAGAAAGACACGGUCCGCGUGGCGAUCGCCAUGUGGUUCUUCUAACUUAAAGAGAGGCAGGAAAACACGUUAACGAUACAUAUAUGUGCACAAUAGGUAUAAAAUAAUUACGUGUGUAUACGUUACUCUCUACUCGCUGUGUGUAUCCGCAAAUGUUCCACGCUUUAUAAGGAAACAGAGAGGAUUCGAGUUCGACCACUAGCUGAAUCGUCUCGAUUCAUUUUCUUUGAUUUCUACGCAAUCGUAGUUUUUUCAUAAAAGCCGAGUUUCAUCUUCUCCCACUCUUUCUUUCGUAUUUUAUAUAUUAUUUCUCGAUUCGUUGUUUAUUCGGUACUAUUUCUUGUGUAAGAGUUAUCGAUUGCUAGCCAUAUAAGAGCUUCCGUUUAGCGGUCUCUCGUUACGGAAGAGUACACGGAGAAAGGAGUAAUUAACGUCGAGCUUCAUUAAACGGUACUCGAGCAGACGUAAUUCAAUUUUCAAGCCUGCACUCGCGAUUAAGUUGUGAGUGUCAACAUCAACAACGCUUUUCUCUGUGCAAACGAGCUUCAUUGGCAUUGGCCGCGUGUGUGGAAACGUUUGCGGAUGGAUACGAUCGCAGGUGUUCGGUGAAACGAGAACAACAUAUGCCCGGCAAGAAAGCAAGGUACAAGUAUCCGAAAAGGGGACACGUCACUUUGAGUUCUCUUUUCGAAUGAAAAUUAGGAUAACGCCGUGGAAACGAACGGUUUCGUUUAUUAUCUAAUUCGUCAUAUCUUCGGCCGACCACUAUGUAAUAUUGAAUUUUCAAUUAAGCAUAAUGCUCCCUUUCUAGCAGCACGUAUUAAUAUUUGAUCCCCGUUUUCGGAUUAUAUGACACAAGAACAAAAUCCGUACGUUUCCAUCGUGUGUGUAUAGAGCGCAUCGAGUCCAGAAGAGAUUUAGAGGCUGAUGGAAUUCGUCAAAUUAAACGGUGCUAUUAGGCUAAUUGUGAUUAACGAACGCUUAAUGAAUUCGAGAAUUCUUAAGUUUCUUGCCUCGCUCAUAUAAUAGAGGGGAAGAAUAUUUUUGUUCCUAUUACUUAAGAAAAUUAAAGGAAGCAUCGCGACCAGUUUCUAAUCCCCUAUUGGAGUAGAAACAAUUUAACUCGUGAUUGACGUGCUCCGAUUACGAUUCCGCCAAAUCUUUCCUGGACUCAAUGCUGAUUAGCGUUGUAUUAUUUUUUACGAUGCUACGACAUGUAAAUUGCGCGUGCACCUUUCCCGAUUUAGCGGAAAGGGUUACAAGAAAAAGAGAUAAAGAAAAAGUUUUAAAAUCUUAUAUAAAACAAAAAAAAAAAAAAAAGAAAAGAAACGGAGCGAGAAGGGAUAUAAGAAUGAAAUAAACUAAAGCGGAGAACAAGGGAUCUCGGAUCGUUCGAACGUAGAAAUAUCUCGAAUGAAAAACGAAAUCAUCUCAAGUAUUGUUGUUAUCGAUUAAUUGUCAUCGCUGUAAAAUGAACAAAGGCCAAUUCCAUUAGGUGUACUUUAUCCUCUUCCCUCGAUGUAACAAUAAAUGUUCAAUCAACGGAUGAUUUAAUUUUUUUUUAUUGAGUUUGUCGUUCUUUUUCUUUGAUGAAAUAAAAUUGAAUGUUGUAAUGUGGUACGUUCGACCUUCCAUGUGGAAAUCACAGCGUUUGUAAGGAGUUCGAAAUCGAAAUUCGUUCCCUUUCCGUCCAAAAUAUGAGAUAGAACUUUUCCAUGUUUGCUAUCGUGCGUUGUAUCGUUUUCUGUCCCAGAUCAAGUUUUAUGAAGUCAUACGAAAAAGAAGAAUAGAAAAAAUAAAUGAAAAGAAAUAAAACGUGACAAACUCUCGUUUUCGUACGGACGUUUCUACAACGAUCGAUCUGUACUCUGCCGUACGAAUAUCUGCGGAUACACCCAUAUACACUACAUGCACAAAUACAAAGUACACAUCGGAAGUGGUAGACGUUGCACUGAAAGCAAACAAACAAAUUUACACACGUCGAAUGUAUCCGCGUGAUAUGUUGGUCGAAAUCUCUGUCGGUCAUCGAGCAUGUUGGAAGGAUUUGUAAGAAAAAAAAAAA